AUGUCUGAGAACGAGCCUGAGUACGACGAUAACGACAACGACGCCUCAGUUCAGGACGACGACAAGAUGCCCGACCAUACUAUCAAAAGAGAGCGUGGUGCUGACGGCGAGGGCAAGAAGAAGUAUGACCCCAAGGACCCUAUGCGCCCAAGGAGGAAGAAGGCCCGUAGGGCAUGCUUCGCCUGCCAGAGGGCACACUUGACUUGCGGCGAUGAGCGGCCAUGUCAGAGGUGCAUCAAGCGAGGUCUCGCAGAGCAUUGCCAAGAUGGAGUCCGCAAGAAGGCUAAAUAUCUUCACGAUGCGCCGCCGGAAGCCUUGGGGCCCGUCUUGGGUCCCAACUACAACGCCAACACCAACACUUCACAGAAUCGCGUGCAACAGCAACGCCACCCGUCCAGUACAGGCUCUGAAGCGUCUUCCAAUGUCGGCACCUUCUUCUCACCAACAAAUGCCUCGAGUACAUACCCGCUCUUUUCACCUCAGAGCGCCUUGGGUUCCAUAUCCGAGGGGAUGACGUUUCCCGGCCAGCAGUCACCUGCCUCGCCCACCUUCCAGAAUGCCCCUCCGAUGAGUGGCCUCACCGUCCCUCAGGUGUCAGGAGAAUUACCAGGCAUGAGCCCUGCGUUCUUCGAUCCUGGUAAUCCUGCCUUGUACAACUUCAACCUCGAGGGACUGAACUUUGGCAGUCAGUACGGUGCCAUGGAGUUCGGCAUGCUGAACCACAUGUCAUCUGGCGCAGCCGACACGCCACCACGAGAUGCCUCGUUCUCUCAACAAGGUGCUGGCGAGGCCAACUUCGCGGCCGGAGCAUUCGGUAAUGGUAUGGGUCAGUUUGACGGCGGUUUGAUUGGCGACAUCCUCUCCAUCGAUCAAUCCGGCAAUCCCUUAUACACCCAAGGCAACCUCCAACACGGUCUCCCUCAUGCUUACGCCAUCGCGACAGGCCCAAACAACCAGCAAAGUCCCAGUACCGAUCACGAGAGCCCCGCAAACCAGAACAUCGGAUUCGACGGCUCACAGACGGCAACGCCCUUUGACAACUCCGAACCUCGAGUCCUCGGGCCUCCGAAUCGUCCGAGACAGAAACCAAGUAUUCCCAAAACAUUUCCGCAGUCUCUUCUCGGCAAACGCCAUCGGGAUGCUUCUGGUAUCUACGAGAACGUCAAGGAGCCUUUCCAAUAUGUACAGGGCUACCACCGUCUCAUCGCCUUCCUGCAGAGACGGUUUCGCACGAGCGGCGACAAACUGAUGCGCGUCGCCCGCGCCUUGGGGAGCGUGCGCCCGGCCCUGCUGUCGUGUACGCGCACAUUGAGCCGGCCGGACCUGGUCUUCAUGGAGAAGUGCUUCCAGCGUACAAUGUUCGAGUACGAGGACUUCAUGGACCACGGGUCCAGCCCCACUCUUGUCUGUCGGCGGACCGGCGAGAUUGCUGCCGUGAAUAAAGAAUUCACAGCGCUGACCGGAUGGCCGAAAGAGGUCCUCCUUGGGGAGGCGCCCAAUAGGAAUGACAAUACCGGCGGUAGCACAACAGCCUCAGGUGCCGCCACCGAGGUCCUGACGACACCAAAACUCAACAGCCUCAACAGCCAGACCGAGAAGGGCACCAGCUCGGACACGGAGCGAAACCCGUUGUUCAUUGCGGAGCUCAUGGAUGAUGACGACGUGGUCCAAUUCUACGAAGACUUUGCCCAUCUCGCCUUCAGCGACAGCAGGAGUAGUGUCACAAGAAAGUGUCGUCUGCUCAAGUAUCGAACACGCGAGACUUCAGCCGCUGCUGACGGGACAAGCACUUCGAGCGUCCACGAGUCGCUCCCCAAGGACCCACGCACCAUGUUCCUGAGCAACAGGGUCGCCAGAAUCGACGGCGAGCAUGGCAUCUCCAGAAUUGCCAAGGGCGGCAAGCUGGAGUGUACCUACUGCUGGGUUGUGCGCCGGGACACCUUUGACAUGCCGAUGAUGAUCGUUAUCAAUGUGAGU